ACUGGCAGGUACUUGUUCUUAUCUAUGCUGGCAGAGUUUUACAGGUUUUGUUAAACAAAGUCAAAAUACUUAUCAAUUAGUUGCUAUGGAAAUGCUACAAAUCCAAACAGACUUUUCCUAACUAUUCAAAAAUUAAAAUUGUUUGAGUACUUUAUCAACUACAUUUUACCUAUAUCUCAACAAAAAUUCAAAGAAAAAAAAAUAUGAACCCAAAUUUAAGAGAAAAAGAUGACUGCAAUAUUCGUAACUCAACAGACAUACCUUCCCACGGUUCAAUACCCAAAUGGUUAGAAGAUAUAACAGAGGCAAUAGAUAAAGAGCAUAUUCGAACCUUACCUCAACCUGAUUCGACUAAAACCAAAUUAAAGGAUAAAUACUCAAUAGAUAACAGUAAACUGAAUAAUUUUAUUAAAACCGAACAAGCAAAAGAAACGAAAGAAAUUAAUGGUGUUUCACACUCAGCUAAAUAUGGACGGAGAUCUUCUUUAGCCAGCCAAAUAAUCUCGAAAAACAUUCCAAAGAAUAUCGAAGUAAUAAAUUCUGAUUAUUUGGUACUGAAAUUUGACGAGAAUUUCGAUUUCAGUUCUUUAAACCGUUCGUCUGAACAAGCGGAUCUAGAGAAAUAUUGGCAAAGCUUAAACCACUUCAAUCAGUCGCAUAAAGGCAGGCUAAACAGUGGGUCAACUAAAAGCUUAAUCGAUGAAAGUUUUGGAGACAGCGUUCUAUCCCCAGUAUCGUCGAACAGUGACGACCUGACUUCAGUUUACAGUCCCUCCGUCCUCGAAGACAAUGUGCCAAAUAGAAGUAAGAGUGCAAUGUCAAACAUCUUACCGCUCUACAUUUAUGGUAGCAUAAAAAAAGUUACGGAGAAGUAUAACGACUCUUUAAUGUACAAUAUAAACAAAUCUAAAUCUACGGACAGCCUAUAUUCUUCGGCUUCAAUUAACACAGAGACUUCUCAAGAUGCCGAGAGAAAAAGUAGUAAUAUUACUUUCGAAACGAGACUUAAUAAGUAUAAACAGAAAGUUGCUGAGGAAGAGAGAUUAAGGGAUGAUAUAAUUCAGGAAUUACUCUCCAAAAAUGAAAAAAUUGGCAGCGGUAGAAGGCGAAGCUACGAUUACACCCCGCAGCAGAAGCUGUAUAAAAAGAAUUCUAAAUACAAAAAUAAAUAUACCGACAAAAGAGGGAGUAUGAUAAAUGAUGAAGAUUUCAAAGAAACUUCCGACAUUUUCAUUAUUCCAAAGCUACCAAGAGGGACGACUAUGAUUAUCGACAUCUUAAGUACCUGGGGGGACAAAUAUUAUGUAGGGCUCAACGGAAUUGAGAUUUUUAGUGCUGACGGGCAAUUAGCCAAGGUGAAAAACAUUUUUGCAAUACCGCCAGAUGUAAACAUUCUCCCAGAGUGCAACAACGACCCAAGGGUCGUUUCCAAUUUACUAGAUGGAGUGAAUCGCACUCAAGACGACAUGCACAUUUGGUUGGCACCGUUCGAUUUGGGGAGGAGUCAUUUAAUCACCAUCGAAUUCUGCGAAGUUACAACAGUAGCUAUGAUAAGAAUUUGGAACUAUAACAAAUCUAGGAUUCAUUCUUACAGAGGCGUUAAAGACAUCGUUAUAUUCCUAGACAACAAGCCGAUCUUUAAAGGGGAAAUAGCCAAAGCUUGCGGUGGGAUAUUGGGUGGGAUCCACCAUUUUGGUGAUACGAUUUUGUUCACAACCGAUGACAAUAUCCUGGAAAGCAUAUCGAAAACCGACUCCUCAUACUCUUCCCUGACAUCAGAACCGAACACACCCCAAGACAACGAAGAUAGACCCCCGACAUCUACUCUAACGUCAGAAAUUCGACCCGUAACUGGCGUCUUAAACGUAAGGAAAGCUAGUUUAACCGAGGCCACUGAUCAAAUAUUGCUAGGUGCAAGCGUAAUGCAGAUCGUAAUAUUACAAAAUUGGGGGAAUUCGAUAGCAGUGGGUCUAACGGGUAUUGAAGUCGUCGAAGGUACCGACACAGUCCUGAACUUAAACGCCAAUCAACUGAGUUGUAUGUGGGAAGGAAAAUAUUUGUACCACCUCGUCAACGGGGAAAACAUAACAACUAAAGGUACAAACAUGUGGCUGGUACCGUAUAAUAAGGAAAAUAUCGUUGUUACGGUGGAUUUGGAUGGGUUUAAGUACAUUUCUGGAAUUCGAAUAUGGAAUUACAACGAAAACCUGGAACUCUCUUACGCGGGUGUCCAAAUGAUGAAAAUUCUUCUAGAUGGCAAACCGGUCAUCAAUCCUGUGAGCAAAAACGAGAUAUUUGUCCUCCGGAGAGCUCCAGGCAACGAGCACUAUGAUUUUGUGCAAGAUAUAAGGUUUUUCGAAGAUUACGAUACUAUCCCUUACCCGUUAUCAAAUGAGGGACAUCAAGCGAAUGUUGUCGGUUUCAUUAUUCAGUUUGUUAUAUAUUCAACAUGGGGAGAUAAAUAUUACUGCGGGUUAAACGGGAUUGAAUUAUAUAACGAAAAACACGAGAAAAUUGUUUUAGAAGAACAAAACAUUUGCGCUUAUCCAGAAAGCGUUAAUACCUUGCCUAAUGUUUCUGGAGACAUACGAACACCAGACAAGUUAGUAGAUGGCAUAAACGAAGAUAUAUCGGGUGGACACUCGUGGUUAUCUCCUAUUAUUCCAAAAAACUUAAAUAGGAUCUAUAUCGUAAUGGAUGUACCAAUCUCUGUGUCCUACAUUAAAAUUUGGAACUAUUCCAAGACUUCUAACAGAGGUGUAAAGGAUUUUGGGGUUUUACUAGACGAUUUAUUAGUUUGCUGUGGAACUUUAGAGAAAUACGAUUGUGAGGAGAACGCAAGUCAAAUCAUUGAUUUAAAUGAAAGUGAUCAUAUUGUUUGUGACGAGAAAAGGCACGAUCAAGAUAUUAUCUUACUGGACGAAAAGCCACAGGGUGAGACGGGUGGAUCAGCUUCGGCAGAUCCUACUUUAAGACCUUUCACUUGUAUAAGCCCUUAUAACAGGGGUUUCACAUCGUAUAGUCAUUAGUUGUGUGUUUUGUACAUUUUUUACGCGGAGUUUCUACGUUUGCAUAGUUUAAGUGUCUACGUUAAAUGUGAUUAGUGGUUUGUCUUACUAUGUUAUUACAAUAUUUUGAAUUAAAUGCUAA